AUGAAGCAUCAUCUUCUUUGUACUUUUUCAUCUUUCCUACUUCUCUUCUUAUUCAGUUAUAUUCCUAUCACUGGCCAGUUCCCAUUUGGUAGCAGCAGCAAACAAGCUUAUGAUCAUUUAAAUGUCACCUGUAUUGAAAGUGAGCGGCGUGUCCUUCUUCAACUCAAACAUGGGUUGAAAGAUGAAUCAAAUCGUCUGUUAUCUUGGAUCGGAGAAGGAUGUUGUUCAUGGGAAGGCAUUAGUUGCCAUAAAAUCACUGGUAGUGUUUUGAAACUUGAUCUGCGCAAUACGGUGCCACUCUAUUCUGAUGGUGAUUAUCAGUGCACAAAUUGCUUGGGAGGCCAAUUAAGUCCAUCUCUGGUCAAUUUGACCAAUUUGCGAUACUUGGACAUGAGCUCAAAUAAUUUUUCAGGAAUCCAAGUUCCUGCAUUCUUGGGAUUGUUGAAAAACUUGAGAUACCUCAAUCUCUCACAUGCAGGAUUUGAUGGUGAAAUUCCCCACCAUUUAGGAAACCUCUCGCAUAUACGGUAUUUGGAUCUUGGGUGGAAUUCAUUGAGCACUAAGGAUCUCGGGUGGGUUGCUGGGCUCUCUUCUCUAGAAGGCCUAGUCCUGUCCAAAUUGAACCUUACAGCCGCUCAAGAUGGGUUACAGUCCAUUAACAUGCUUCCUUCACUAACAAUACUAGACUUGAAUUAUUGUGGUCUUUUCAUCCAUCCUCAUCUUUCACAUGUCAAUUUCACAUCUCUUGUUUUCCUUGAUCUCAGUGAAAAUAAUUUCAACAACUACACGGUCCCUCCUUGGCUCCAUAAUCUUACUGGCCUCCAUGAUUUUCGUCUUGGUCAUAAUAAUCUUUCUGAUCCAAUUCAUGGCCUGUUUGAUCAAAUGACCUCUCUAGUUCAUUGUGAUCUAUCUUCAAACCGCUUUGAUGUUUCAACGUUAAAAUCACUUUGUAAUGCAAGCAGUCUUACUUAUUUGGAUCUGAGUCGUAAUCAUUUGCAAGGGUCAAUACCAAGUGAAAUAGGCCAACUUAUAAAUCUUACUUAUUUGGAUCUGAGUGGGAAUAAUUUGCAAGGGUCAAUACCAAGUGAAAUAGGUCAGCUUUCAAAAUUAACAAACCUAUCAUUGUCUGGUAACAGCUUAAAUGGUACCAUACCGACCAAUCUUGGGCAGCUGACGAAGCUACAAGAUUUUGACAUUGGUUACAAUUCAUUAACUGGUGUCCUAUCUGAAGACCAUUUUUCGAAACUCCGAGAGCUAAAGUCACUGGACCUAUCUGGAAGCUCGCUCGCUCUGAACGUGAGCUCCUCGUGGGUUCCUCCUUUUCAACUCCGACGAAUUUGGAUGGGAUCCAUGAUUGUGGGACCCAGGUUUCCAGCUUGGCUUCGGACGCAGAAGGAGGUUGAGUGGUUAGACAUGCGGAACGCGAGCAUUUCAGAUGCCAUACCCAGCUGGUUUCAAGUGGUUUGUGAUGAUAUUAUGAUAUUAGAUCUCUCCAGCAAUAAACUAACUGGAAAUCCUUUGGAGUUCAAACAAUUGAAGCAUACAGCAAGACAUAUUCCGCAGCUUGAAGUUGGUCAAACUUCGGUUGUGUAUGCGCUGGGGUCUCUCUUUCUGAAUGAUAACCGUUUCACAGGUACUAUCCCUGAAGACUUGUGCAAGUUGGAAUAUUUAGAAUUUCUGGAUCUAUCCAACAAUCUUCUGUCCGGAAGAGUUCCUCUGUGUCUAGGAAACUUGCGAGACCUGCAGUUCCUAUUCUUGGCAAAUAACAGUCUAUCCGGCCAAAUUCCGAGUUCACUGGGUAACUUGCGGAGACUUUCUACUCUGCAUUUGAACGGAAAUAAAUUCGUUGGGAAGCUCCCUACCUCAAUGCAGCAUCUGAAAAAUUUGCAAAUGCUUGAUCUCGGUGACAAUGGACUGAAGGACAUUAUGCCAGCUUGGAUUGGGGAAAGUUUAUCAAAUUUAAGGUUUCUAAGAUUUCAGUCAAAUAACUUCCAUGGACCUAUUGCCGAUACACUCUGCCAACUCUCACUUCUUCAAGUGCUAAACUUAGCACAUAAUAACUUGAGUGGAUUUAUUCCUCACUGCUUUAAUAACAUUACUGCCUUAAUGGUAUCAGGGCUAUAUGGAGGUUUCGCCAUUGAGGCACAAGCAAGCCUUCAAGACAUUAAGGGAGGAAGAGAAUCUGAGUACCUUCAAGGAAGCCUUCCGCUUGUUAAAUCCAUAAGCCUCUCAGCAAAUAAUUUAGUUGGCGAGAUCCCUGAUGGGGUAAUGGAACUGGUUCAAUUGCAAGUUUUGAAUCUUUCACAGAAUCAUUUGACCGGAAGGAUCCCGGAUAAGAUUGGCAACUUGAAGCAACUUGAAACACUGGAUCUAUCAAUGAAUGCACUCUUCGGUACAAUCCCCGAAAGCUUAUCUGAUUUGUACUCAUUGAACUCUCUGAAUUUGUCACACAAUAAACUUUCAGGGCCAAUACCAUCAGGAAAUCAACUUCAGACCUUGACCGAUCCAUCCAUCUAUGAAGGAAACAGUGGACUCUGUGGCAAACCGCUCCCAAACAACUGCUGGGAACACAAAUUGCCUACCAAAAAUGGGCCUAUUGAUGAUGAUGAAGGCCACGGCGAGUCUGAUUGGUCUUGGUUUUAUGCAGGAAUAGGACCGGGUUUUGCUGUCGGGCUCUUGGGAGUUCUGGGAAUCCUUCUCUUCAAGAAGUCAUGGCGCUAUGCAUACUUCAAGUUUAUAGAAAAUGUCUGUGACAAAAUCUGGGUAAAGAGUACUCGCCCGAGGAGGAAUUUCCGUUGA